AUGGCCGAGUUCGUUCGCGCCCAGAUCUUUGGCACAACUUUCGAGAUCACCUCAAGGUACUCGGAUCUCCAGCCUGUGGGCAUGGGAGCAUUUGGUCUCGUAUGUUCUGCGCGAGAUCAGCUCACCAACCAGAAUGUUGCCGUCAAGAAGAUCAUGAAGCCCUUCAGCACCCCAGUCCUUGCCAAGCGAACGUACCGCGAACUCAAACUGCUGAAGCACCUCCGACAUGAGAAUCGACAUCUUUAUUUCCCCACUAGAAGAUCUGUACGUUCCGCCACGAUUCCUGAUAAAUGUGAAGAGCUUGGACUGAACGCACGCAGUUACUUUGUCACAGAGCUCCUCGGAACUGAUCUGCAUCGUUUGCUCACCUCAAGGCCGCUGGAGAAGCAAUUCAUUCAGUACUUCCUCUAUCAAAUCAUGCGAGGCUUGAAAUACGUCCACUCGGCGGGUGUCGUCCAUCGGGACUUGAAACCAAGCAACAUUCUCGUCAACGAAAACUGCGAUUUGAAGAUUUGCGACUUUGGCCUGGCCCGUAUCCAAGACCCGCAGAUGACGGGCUACGUUUCGACGAGAUACUACCGAGCCCCCGAGAUCAUGCUCACAUGGCAAAAAUACGACAUCGAGGUGGACAUCUGGAGCGCUGGCUGCAUCUUCGCCGAGAUGCUGGACGGGAAGCCCCUCUUCCCUGGAAAGGACCAUGUGAACCAGUUCUCCAUUAUCACUGAGCUGCUGGGCACACCUCCCGAUGAUGUCAUCAACACAAUCGCCAGCGAGAACACACUGCGGUUCGUCAAGUCGCUACCCAAGCGAGAGCGCCAGCCCCUGAGGAAUAAGUUCAAGAACGCCGACCCUGCCUGUAAGUCUUUGAGAGAUUUAAAGAUCGACGUGUAUAUCGUAUUUACACUUGGGUUUCGUAUCAUGGGACUGGCCGCUGACAACCUUUUGAUAGCCAUUGACCUGCUCGAGAGGAUGCUCGUUUUCGACCCCAAGAAGCGGAUAACAGCUACAGAGGCUCUUGCCCACGAAUACCUUGCGCCAUACCACGACCCUACAGACGAGCCUGUGGCGGAAGAGAAGUUUGACUGGAGUUUUAACGAUGCUGAUUUGCCAGUGGAUACUUGGAAGAUCAUGAUGUACUCAGAAAUCCUAGACUACCAUAAUGUGGAGGCCAACGUUGCUAAUAUGGAGGAGGGCUUUGGCGGCCAUUAA